UAGUUCCGGACAGGUCGUAGUAGACGCGUUAUUGGGGACGCAUAAGAAAAGGAUUUAUUACGCUUCGCGAUCAUUCUGCAUUUAACACUUUUCAACCAAUCGCCUAUAUUCCUGUGCAAUCUUUUCCUACAAGUUGGAGCUCUGUGUAUCGGACUGUCCUGAAACUUAAAUCAAUGAAGGAGAGAAUAUCUGGUCAGAAACUAUCACCUCAAUCCGGAAUGGAUCCCAGCCAGAGUGUUAAGUGUAAAAUAGUUGUGGUAGGAGACAGUCAAUGUGGGAAGACUGCUCUACUGCACGUUUUUGCCAAGGACAUCUUUCCAGAGAACUACGUGCCGACGGUGUUCGAGAAUUACACAGCCAGUUUUGAAAUAGACACGAAAAGAAUUGAGCUCAGUCUAUGGGACACAUCAGGGUCGCCAUACUACGACAACGUGAGGCCUCUCUCCUACCCAGACUCCGACGCCGUUCUCAUCUGCUUCGACAUCAGUCGUCCUGAGACCCUCGACAGUGUGAUAAAGAAGUGGAGAGGGGAGAUCCAGGAAUUCUGUCCCAACACCAAGAUGCUGCUGGUGGGCUGCAAGUCAGACCUUCGCACUGACCUCUCCACUUUGGUAGAGUUAUCCAAUCACAGACAGACGCCAGUAUCAUAUGAUCAGGGUUCAAGCAUGGCCAAACAGAUUUCCGCUCCCUACAUCGAGUGCUCAUCGCAGCAGUCAGAGAACAGUGUCAGGGACAUUUUCCAUGUGGCAACCUUGGCCUGCGUGAACAAGAACAACAAAAACAUCAAACGCAACAAAUCCGCGAGAGGCAACAAGAGGAUCUCGCACAUGCCCCUUAGGCCAGACCUGGCGGCCGUAGCGUCAGACCUGCGGAAAGACAAAGCGAAGAGCUGCAGUGUCAUGUGACCUGUUACGCAGGGUUAAGUCCCCAGGAGUGGGUUGGGUAGGCUGUUGUUGAACGUCAGAGCACAGUGCAUUGUGGGACAUUAGAGGGUGAGGUCAAUCCCUCCCUGCACUUUAAAGCCCUUGACUAGCUUGUCCUAGGGUGGAGUUUUGUAUAUGCAUCAUACAAUGUAACUCUUACUGGAUUCUGUGCCAAUGACAACACAAUACUUUUUCCAUUGUAGCACCACUGCCUCCAUAAUCCAUACCCUUACAUUCUUCUUUUUUUUUUUUUUUUUUUUACCAGAACAGAAAGCUAUUUCUACUAUGGCCAAUCAGCUGCCUUCCUUUCAGUUGCUCCUGGGAGGAAGUGACACAGAUUCCUCUAAGAGUUGAAAAGGAAGUGUUCUUAGGCUGUCACAAGAAAUUAGCAUUUCCCCAAAGAAGAUAUCAUGUAACAUAGGAAAGGUUGAGAGAGUCCUGUAUGUUUUUCAGAGGACUUUAGAGAAAGCUGUGAAUAAGACCCCCACUGUAUUGUCAAUGAUGAAAGCCUCACCCCACUCUUUCUGACCUUUAAACUUGAGAAGGGACAGCCACUGUUGGCUGUGGACUGUGAUAAACUGGAACAAUCAGAAAAGCCGCCUUGCACUGGAUCCAAGGUCAAUGGUUGAAAGAGAGGGCUUGUUUACAUUACGAGAGAGAGAACAAAAUGCUAGAUAGACCUUAAUUCGCAUAAUAAUUUCCAAAGUGGUUGACUUUACCCUGGCAUGUUCCAGGCGUGCCGGGCAGGAUUUUGGCCGUCAAUGGCGGGAAAAUGGAGCUAUAUGCGUGUGAACUGAUACAGUUCGGACCCGAUUGUCUUCACACUUGCAAUCCAGGGGGGUGGGGGGGGGGGGGGGGGGGGCUCUAUUGAAAAUGUGGUGAACAAUACCUCGAAAGGUGGUGUCCUGAGCAAUUGAUAUCUGCAAUUUACACAACAAAAAAUUCCAGUGUUUCUGGAGUCUUCUUCAUUAUGUCUCGGAAAAUGUAUCGCAUUGCAAACUAGCCCAAAAACAAGGAAGUGACAUGGAGCUGCAUCGCUGUGGUUUUAGUCAACUAGUUUCUCAUCUCAUUUUGUUGUCAAGUGUGUACUGGCCCGCUGUCCCAUUGUGCAAGUCCUGUCUUUACCGUAUUUUGCCAGUGUAACAUAUACUGUAAGCGAUUUCUGACCGAACUGUAACCUCCUGUUGUCCGGAUGGUUUAAUGAUAGACAGGACGUCAUGAUGAUGUAAUGCAGACACUUUCAUGGACAACCCCGUUAGGCUAUGCCAGACAUUAUGAAGCUCGCUCCCAGCAGUGCAGGGGAAUUACGUAAACAAAUGAAGCAUUACUUUGGUUGAAGGAGAUAUGGUCUCCGCUGGAUAUUAAAAAAGGUAUAGAUGCACUUUCUGAAAGUCAAUUCUUUGUUGAAAAGGUACAUGGAUUGUGAUAUAUUCCCGUAUCCACAUUUAACUGGUGUCCUCUAGAGCAGUAUUAUUAGCUGGCUCUUUUUGUGAAAUUAAUUUAGAGAAAGAAUCAACUGUCGGUAAUGAAAAGUGUUUUACCGUUAGGUCAUCAUCGCAGUUUUUCAUGUUCAUUUUGUAUGUCUGUAUCGCAUUGAUGUUGCCACAGUAUUUAUUGAGUUAUAUAUUUUCCCUUUCAAAUAAAAAAUAC